UUCACCUUCUCUUCAAUGUCCGACAUUUUCUUCCACUGUUUUUUCUACACUCGCACACACACAAACACACUUUUUAAUUAAAAAAAGUUUAAACUUUUGAAAUUGCACACUCCCUCCAUAAUCUGUCAUAACCUCAACAAAGUUCACUGUUUUGUUUCUUCUCUGUGUUUUGCUCCUAUGACCGUUGUUCAGCCAAAAAAACUCCAGGAGCUGACUAAGCGAGCAAGACCUCGGAAAAUGGUCAAGGAUAAACUUCUCAGUAUUACUUACAAGCCAGUAUCUUGCAAAAAUCCUGUAAAGUCUGAAAGUGAUAAAUGCAAGCGAGAAACAAAUGAAAGCAUUUAUGAUAACGACGGACUCAGGAAUUAUGUGAUGCAACGAGCAAAAGAAGUUCAAGCUAAUCUACCACCUCAAUUCCCUAGUUUGAUAAAAUAUAUGUUGCCUUCUCAUGUCACAGGAUGUUUCUGGAUGGGUCUUCCUAGAAAAUUUUGCGAUGAACAUAUGCCAAUACGAGACACAAUGAUGGAGUUGGAAGAUGAGAAUGGAGUAUGCUCUGAAGCAAAAUAUCUUACAGCAAAGGUAGGCCUCAGUGGUGGAUGGAGAGGUUUCUCCAUAGCUCACAAGUUAGUGCAGGGUGAUGUAGUGGUUUUUCAGCUAGUGAGACCGGCUAAAUUCAAGGUUUACAUUGUGAGAGUAAAGGGUUCCGAAGAGGUAGAUGUUGCUCUUGGUCUCUUACAGUUGGAAGGUUGCUUGAAGGAAGCGAGUCCUGUGCAAUCAGAAAAUGCGGUUGCGACUAUAGAAUAUCUCAAGGCAGAGCCAGUGUCAACGUGCAGUCUAGAACUCGACAAUCAAAAGAAUGCGAUGAUGGAUGCUGGUACUGACAUUGGGUCCACGUCGGAAUAUUAUGAAGAUGAAAGUUAUGGUCUUGGCUCUGGUUUACUUGAUGGAAUCAGAUUAUCUGAAUCUGCUAUUGAUUUUAAGGAAGUGAAAAGUUUCGAGGACUUCAACAUUCUGAACAACGGUUUGGUUAUAAACCCUGAGUUAUCUAAAUACUUACAGUACAAGUAUUAUAACCUUUGCUGCAGCACAAAAUCAUUUCUUCAUGAGCAUCUUCUCGAGGGCCUCAACUUAAAACUAGCUGCAGGAGUAAUGGCGGAGACUAUUAACAUCGCUGAUGCGAUUAGAGCUUCCAAGCUUACUACACCGCUAGACAGUUUCAUUACUUGGAAGAACACAUUGGAAGCAUUCAAGAAACUAGGAAUGAACGUUGAUUUCUUGAUUGAACGGUUGGAUCAGCUAAUGAAACUUGCCGAUAAGCCAAGGAGAUAUAAAGUACUAACCGACAGAAAACUUUCUGCAGAAGAAAGGAGGAGAACUCUUGAAACCCAGCUUUUAGAAAUAGAAGAGGAAACUAAUAGAAUCGACAUUGAGCUUCAGCAGUUGGGGGAAAACAGGGAGAAUCACGAGCUUAUGUUCCGGGAGGUGGUUGAAGCCCCAUGGUGAGCGUUCGAGCGUAGUGCUUCUGUAUAGUUUUUUAGCGGAACGGGAGUUUAUGCUUCUGAUUUUUUUGGAAAGGUCAGGAAUUUGUGUUCUAACACAUUCUGAAAUGUUCAUUUGUGCUGGUGUAUAUGUAUAGCGCAUGAACCGAUCAUUUUUGGAAAAGAAAAUACUAGGCAAUAGUCAAUGUUCUAACAUAGAGUAUUUUCUAUAGAGAAAUUGUAGUAUGUUAGCAAUAUAUUUGCUGUCAAGUUUUUUGAGUUGUUUAUGGCAGACAUUGUGAUUGCUGCAUAUACUAUUAGUAAUAGAGAUCAGUAA